CCUUUCAGCUUGGAUGAUAGCAGCUCCAUCUCCAGCGGAAUAAGUGACACUAUAGCUGAGAUCAGCACGGACGAUAACGUGACCGGCUCAUCCAGAAACUCCUGUGACUCCUCCAAGAAUCUUGAGCUUUGUGGAGAACCCAUCUCGCUAGACAGUCUCUCCCUUGUCAAGGCAGCCACUGAUAAAAAUGCCCACCGAAAAUCUUCGUCGCCUCGGCGCGAGAAGAAGAAUGGAGACGGUGGAGCCAGCAGCAAGGUGAAUCGGUCGAAACAUACGUCAAAGGACGGUAAGAUGGAGGAAAGCAAUGGGAAAGGAAGACAGGGGAAGGCGAGAACUGUCACAGAAGGAGGGGGAGAGAAAGAAGGAGGGGGAGCACGAGGUGGUAAUCGGUCUGGAGAGCCACCUAGGGGUCAGGCUCAAGGGGCGUCGUCGGGUGCCCACCCACCUCAGGGUGGUCCUCCUAGCUGGCAGAGAAGCUUGGAUAGGUUACAGGUCAAGCAUAGGCAGCAGUUUGGGCGUGACCCCAACUUCCUGAUGCGAGUGUCACCUGGAGGACGGAUUGGAACAGUGACAGGUAACCCUGGCGCAGAGAGGAAAGACCCUAGGAAUGACCCUAGGAAUGGACAAGGGAUUGUCCAAAGAGGGAAUGGGGCUGAAGCCCACAGGACUGGAAACGCCCAGUUUGGGUUUGGAUAUAGGAGACAACCAGUUCAGCAUGCACCUGGACAAAGAACUCCUGGGUCUAACGGUAGUAGGAUUGGUGGUAAUGGCCAGCAAAGGCCUACAAAUAUCAGGACAGGAAGCCUACCAAGAUCGGGAAAGGCUAGUCUUGAAGGAUCACUGUCUGCUUCGGAGAGUCUUAGUUCUGAACGGCAGCGUUCGCCUCGCAGCUCUGAGUCACAUUACAUGAGGACUAGUGAUAAAUCACCAAGAGGUGAGGGAACAGGUGGCAGGAGCUCAAAGGUUACUAGUCCUGGAAAACUGGAUGGCUCAGGGAUUCAAUCUCCAGGGGAAGGACUACGUUAUGGCUCCCUCAAACGCAGCCAGAUAAAGACUCAUGGCCAGAUUGCUCGGCACAUCAUGCAAGAACUGAAGAGUGGUUCAUCAUCCGGCCAAAUAGACGCCAAGAGCAAGUCACAAGCUCUUAAGAAUUUGUUCGGAAGAGGAACUCGCGACUCAGGAAUCGAAGACACUAUCAUAACCAACCCGCACGCACAAUUCUGCAAAGAUAAUACAGUCCUAGACAUGAGCAAUAGGCAUGGUACAAUGAGCGACAGUGAACACAGUAUGUCUUACAUAACUAGUCCUCAAAGUAUGCGAAGACGCUCACAGAACGCUUCACUCAACGAUAGCUUGUUAAAAACCUCACCAUUCUCAGACUCUCCUCCAAGAUACAGCGGUUAUGUCAGCGACGGUUAUGCCUCUAUAAAUAUCGGUGGCAUCUCUUCCCUCCAUACGGCUGGCAUCAACUCUCCAUAUCUACGUAGCAACAAUAACCGUGCCAACGCAACCAGCAUGAAGCAGUCGGACAGCAUGGAGUCGAUCGAGUCCAACACAUCCAGCGCAAUGAGCAUCUCCAGCCACGCUGCCAGUGAGCGCUACGGCCCCACCCAGCCCCACCCCUCGGCAUCAGUCAUGCGAAGUAACAGCACUAGGUCUGCCUUCUCAGAGAAGUCUCACAGGACAAACCAGGGACUUACUGAGAAGGACCUGGAGGAUAUGGCUUGGCUCAGGGCAGGGAACUUUGGAUUGCUGUCAGGCGAGAAGAGCGGGCAGAUCUCACCGACAGGGUCUACUGUCUCUCAACCUCCCAUUGGCUACUUCCCGGCUGCAUCCUCAGCCAUCAGUUCUACUACCUCAAUGGUCCGUUCCAAUAGUAUGUCUGCCAAUGCCUUCACUCAACCCUUCACCAACAGAGGGCGUAAUGGUUCUGUGUCGCUGGAUGAACGUCAGCGCGCUGCUCUCAGCAUGAGUGGGUUGAGUAACGAUGGCGCUGAGGAACUUAACGGAUCUUCACUGUCCCUCGUCUCUACCUCCUCAUCACUCUACUCAACGGCUGAGGACAGAGCAGCAGUAGAGAUCAGAAGACUCAAGAGAGAGCUGGAGAGAGAGCAAGGACGGGUUGGUAACCUAUCAUCACAACUCAACAAUAAUGUAAGUCAAAUUCAAUGUUUCCCAUCCUUCUACCCCAUUUCGUGCUCUAUGUGUCUUCCUUUUGAUCAAAGUCAUCAUAUCGAUACAUUUUCUGUGUGCAAUCUGUACUUUUUGUCUGAGUUGUGUGUUGGUGUGUGUGGGAGGAUGUGUUGUUUCCUCAUAUGAUGAAGGUUUGAAUUAAAAUGUGUUUCAUGAAUAUAUGAAAACAGAUACCGGUUUAUAAGUGAUAGAAAAAGCCUAGGACUAACAUUAACCUUCCUAUUCAAAACAUUUUCACAUCAUUUGAGCUUCAGUUAUACUAGCUAUUAAGCAGAAACAAAAUCUGAAAAUCACAAACAAACCAGCUCACAAAUCAAAUAAACAAG